AUGGACUUCAACCAGUUUAUGAGUUACCAGGAGAAAUCCGGAGAAAAAUCGAAUACAAACAGCCCGAAGGAUACACCCCAAGGCGGGAGUGGCUUAUUUCCCGGCUCAGGCGGGCGUGAGGAGCCAGCGCAGCUGACUCUUAACACCGGGUUCAACGGAUGGGCUGGUACGUCCCGUCAUGUCAGCGAAGCGGAGAGCAUAUUCUUGUCGCCGCUGAGUGAGGACUCGCCGCGGGGGUUUCCCGUAGGCCAGAGGCUUGCAACUCCGACUAUCAACAUCGAGCAGACGCAGGAGCCCUUCGAUGAGAACGACGCGAUGCGUGCAUUUGUUGGAAAUAUACAGGAACCGUUCGACAGUCUGGGACUCGGGUUUCAAAACGAGCUGCAGGGAGCGCCCUCAAGCUUCAGCCCCGCCCAUUCGAUGCUGUCGCCGCAUUUCAACGACGAUUUUGUCUCUACUCGUUCAGCAUCCGUACACUCCGCAACAUCUGACAGUGGUCGCACUGCGGGUGCUCACCGCGUAGAUAUCGCACUGUCACCCGUGGCUUCGCGACUCACCACAGGGGAUGAUGAACUGGACGAGAUUCUAAGCGUGCGAUCAGGACCCGACCCCUUUGGCGAUAUAGAUUAUCCACAAGAAUCCCAGAGCAUCCCUGCACAGGACGUGAGCAGUUUCCUGAGCCCCGUGGACAACAUGUUUGGGUUUGGUGAUUCAUCCGCGUACAGCGAUCCUGCUCCGCUGCCCGCAAACUUUUCUAGGCCACAGAUAUCGGUCCAGGAGUUUCAAGUAAUAACACCUGCUGAAAUGUCCAAGAGCCCGCAGGUAAGCGCUUCACCAUCGCCAUCAAAUUCUUUCCAGGGUGGGCCUUCGCAGCAGAAUACAAAUCUACUAUCUGUGGAACGAGACGAUGUUGCGGUCACUAGCGAUGAUGAGGAGGUUCACGACCUGAUGCGGCAGGGACGCAAAGUUCGGCGCAAGUCUGCACAGGGGUUUGUGCGCUCCCCGUCUAGAGGACGAAGCUUAUCUGUUGACGAGAAAGCCCGGUCACUCAGCGAAAACCGCGAGAGGCUAUUAGAACUAGCUGCGCUUAAGCCUUCAAAAUCCCACAACGACCGCUCUGAAGAGCAGUCUGAUGGGUACGAUUUCACGGAAGAGGACAGCUUACCAAUGAACGUAUCAGGAGUAACGAGGCGCAAGAGCAUCCAGAAAAAUCCAGCCGUCUAUGCAUGCGAGCUCUGUGACAAGAAAUUUACAAGGCCCUAUAAUCUCAAGUCUCACCUGCGAACCCAUACCGACGAGAGGCCUUUCGCUUGUGCCAUUUGCGGGAAAGCUUUUGCUCGUCAGCAUGACCGCAAGCGACAUGAAGACCUCCACACGGGAAAAAAGCGAUACACAUGCAAAGGCAAGCUGAAAGACGGUACGCAAUGGGGUUGCGGUAAGAAAUUUGCCCGAAGCGAUGCUCUAGGGCGUCAUUUCAAGACGGAGGGAGGUAAACGAUGCAUCGCUCCUCUCUACGAAGAAGUCACCAGGGAGCGAGAAGCUGGCCGUAAGCCUGAGAUUGACCUGCCUAUAGAUAUAUGA